AUGGGGCACCUUCUGCUAACCACCGUCCUGGUUUUCCUCUGUCUCUUAAGUGGAUCUUUCUCCGGAUUUCCAAACCAGAUUAAUAUAGGUGGGCUGUUCAUGCGCUCCACGGUGCAGGAACACAGUGCUUUUCGCUUCGCCGUGCAGCUGUACAAUACCAAUCAAAAUGUGACGGAGAAACCGUUUCAUCUCAACUACAACGUCGAUAACCUGGAGUCAUCCAACAGUUUCUCCGUGACACAUGCGUUUUGUUCACAGUUCUCGCGAGGUGUCUAUGCCAUCUUUGGCUUCUACGACAGGAAGUCCAUGAACACGCUGACAUCCUUUUGUGGAGCGUUGCAUACCUCGUUCAUCACGCCCAGUUUCCCCACUGACGCUGACGUCCAGUUUGUCAUUCAGAUGAGACCAGCUCUGAGGGGAGCCAUACUCAGCCUCCUGACUCAUUACAAAUGGGAGAAGUUUGUCUAUCUGUACGACACAGACAGGGGGUUCUCCAUUCUCCAGGCCAUAAUGGAAUCCGCAGUUGCCAAUAACUGGCAGGUGACAGCCCGCUCUGUUGGGAAUAUCGUGGAUCCGCUGGAAUUCCGUCGGAUCAUCGAAGAAAUGGACCGUCGACAGGAAAAACGGUUUCUCAUCGACUGUGAGGUGGAGCGCAUCAAUGCUGUUUUGGAGCAGGUCGUGGCCUCAGGGAAAAACAGCCGUGGCUACCACUACAUCCUGGCCAACCUGGGCUUCUCCAAUAUGAGUCUGGACAGAGUGUUCUCAGGAGGGGCCAACAUCACAGGCUUUCAGAUCAUUAACCCCGAGAACCCCAUCGUUCAGCAGUUCCUGCAGCGCUGGGACCGCCUCGACGAGAGAGAGUUCCCCGAAGCCAAAAACACGCCGCUAAAGUACACUUCGGCUCUGACUCAUGAUGCCAUCCUGGUGAUUGCGGAGGCCUUCCGGUACCUCCGGCGGCAGCGCGUGGAUAUCUCUCGCCGUGGCAGCGCAGGCGACUGCCUGGCCAACCCGGCGGUGCCGUGGAGUCAGGGCAUCGACAUAGAGAGAGCUCUCAAAAUGGUCCAGGUCCAGGGCCUGACGGGGAACAUCCAGUUUGACACAUUUGGCCGCAGGGCCAACUACACCAUCGAUGUAUAUGAGAUGAAACCUGGGGGAGCCAGGAAGAUCGGAUACUGGAAUGAAUAUGAGAAAUUUGUAUAUAUAAUGGACCAGCAGGUCACCAACGAGUCCUCUUCUGUGGAAAACCGAACAAUUGUGGUCACUACUAUUAUGGAAGCCCCAUAUGUGAUGUACAAGAGAAACUAUAUGCAACUGGAGGGCAAUGACAGAUUUGAGGGCUACUGUGUGGACUUGGCCUCUGAGAUUGCCAAGCAUGUGGGCAUUAAAUACAAACUCUCCAUAGUAGCGGACGGUAAAUACGGUGCCAGAGACCCCGAAACCAAGACCUGGAAUGGCAUGGUGGGAGAACUGGUGUAUGGGAGGGCUGAUAUAGCUGUGGCACCUCUGACCAUCACUCUGGUUCGAGAGGAGGUCAUUGACUUCUCCAAGCCCUUCAUGAGUCUGGGCAUCUCCAUAAUGAUCAAAAAACCCCAGAAGUCCAAACCGGGGGUCUUCUCUUUCCUCGACCCUCUAGCCUACGAGAUCUGGAUGUGUAUCGUGUUCGCCUACAUCGGCGUGAGUGUGGUGCUUUUUCUGGUCAGUCGCUUCAGCCCUUAUGAGUGGCAUCUGGAUGAGAACGAGGAGGCCAAGGACCCCCAGACACCCCCGGACCCCCCCAACGACUUUGGCAUUUUUAACAGUCUCUGGUUCUCUUUGGGUGCUUUCAUGCAGCAAGGAUGCGAUAUCUCACCAAGGUCUCUGUCUGGUCGUAUAGUGGGUGGGGUGUGGUGGUUUUUCACUCUGAUCAUUAUCUCCUCUUACACGGCUAACCUGGCUGCCUUCCUUACUGUGGAGAGGAUGGUCUCUCCCAUCGAAAGCGCCGAAGACCUGGCCAAGCAGACGGAGAUCGCCUAUGGAACGCUGGACUCUGGAUCCACCAAGGAGUUCUUCAGACGCUCUAAAAUAGCUGUGUAUGAGAAAAUGUGGUCUUAUAUGAAGUCUGCUGAGCCAUCUGUGUUUGCCAAGACCACUCCUGAGGGCGUGGCACGUGUGCGGAAAUCGAAGGGGAAGUUUGCCUUCCUGCUGGAGUCCACCAUGAAUGAGUACAUCGAGCAGCGCAAACCGUGCGACACCAUGAAAGUGGGCGGGAACCUCGACUCCAAGGGCUACGGGGUGGCCACGCCCAAAGGGUCGGCAUUAAGAACUCCUGUAAACCUUGCAGUAUUGAAACUCAGUGAACAAGGCAUCUUAGACAAGCUGAAAAACAAAUGGUGGUACGAUAAAGGGGAAUGUGGGACCAAGGACUCUGGAAGUAAGGACAAGACCAGCGCUCUGAGUCUGAGUAAUGUGGCAGGGGUCUUCUACAUCCUUGUGGGUGGGCUGGGACUGGCCAUGACCGUGGCUCUGGUCGAAUUCUGCUAUAAAUCACGGCAAGAAACUAAGAGACUCAAACUGGCCCAAAACGCUCAGAACUUCAAGCCAGCUCCGCCAGCUAACACUCAGAGUUUUGCCACUUACCGUGAGGGUUAUAACGUGUACGGGACAGAGAGCGUCAAAAUCUAG